AUGAAUCCAAACAUAUCGGAUUUCGAGUUGACCAAGAUAUUCCGUCCCAAUGAGUCCAGAGCAAGCAUUGCACGUGUUGCUGGAACUUUGUACGUGGGUUGA